UAAACAAAAACUGCAAGAUAGUCGCGUAUGAUUUUCUCAUGGCGAUGUAAAGUCCUCCAGUCCUCCAGACUUGUACUUGUUGAGUGUAUCUGAGCUGUGAAGUGUUGCAGACAGUGCGAGUCAUGAUUUGGGGAAACCGGUUUUUUGUUUUUAUUAGAAGCUCUAAGGACUACUUACAGUAUACAUCAAGCAAGACGUGAGGGGGAUUUUUAGCUCUAACGCUGUCACAGGCAACGUAAACCGACAGCAAACUGCGGUGAGUCCACCGCAGAAGUGAAAGAGGAAGGAAGAGCAACGAUUUCCUCGCCAGAAUGUGUGCGCUCGCUCAGGAGGAAGAUUCUAGGCGUUUGCGAAAUAAAUUUAAUUUGCGGUGACGUAUUUCACGCGCUCCGUGGGUUUUGUUUGCUUUCAUUUUGAUGUGACGUGCUUUCGUGUCUAUUGUUCGCUGGAAAAAUGGCGAAGCUGAGCGAGCAUGGGAUCCGUCUUAGUUCUAUGAGCCCAUCUUACCUGAACAGUAAUUCAACUAGUCACACUUGGCCGUUCAGUGCUGUUGCGGAGUUAAUAGAUAAUGCAUCUGACCCUGGGGUCACAGCCAAGCAGAUCUUUAUUGAUGUGGUAACUGUGAAAGGGCAGCUAUGUCUCAGCUUUACAGAUAACGGAAGUGGGAUGACUCCUAAUAAACUCCAUAAAAUGCUCAGUUUUGGCUUCACAGAUAAAGGAUCGGGAAAGUCUAGUCACCAGGCCAUAGGAGUCUAUGGGAAUGGCUUCAAGUCAGGUUCAAUGCGUUUGGGUCGCGAUGCUCUAAUCUUCACAAAGAAUGGAGGAUGUCAGAGCAUAGGCAUGCUUUCUCAGACCUUCCUGCAGGCCAUUAAAGCCCAAGCUGUCAUAGUCCCCAUUGCUCCAUUCAACCAACAGACCAAGCGUUUGAUAAUAACAGAGGAUUCUGAGGCCAGUCUCAGAGCUAUACUCACUCACUCCCUCUUCAGAUCAGAUUCAGAACUGCAGGAACAGCUGAACUCAAUUCCUGGCAAAAAGGGCACCAAAAUCCUCAUCUGGAACAUACGCAGGAACAAGGACGGGAAGCCGGAGUUCGACUUCGAGGCAGACCAGGAGGACAUUCGCCUGCCAGAGAUCCGCUCAGAAGAGACAGAGGGGAGAGGGAAGAGGAGCUACUUUGGUCCUCGCCGGACUGAACACAUUGUUCCUGAAAUGGACUACUCCCUCAGAGCAUAUCUCAGUAUUCUAUACCUGAAACCCAGGAUCCAUAUCAUCCUUAGGCAAAAGAAAGUCCAGACCAAACUCGUGGCUAAGAGUCUCUCCAUGAUUGAGAAUGAUGUUUACAAGCCACAAUUCAUUAAUGAGCGAGUGAAGAUAACCUUUGGAUUCAACCGUAAGAACAAAGAUCAUUACGGCGUCAUGAUGUACCACAACAACAGACUCAUCAAGUCCUAUGAAAAAGUGGGCUGCCAGAUCAAGUCUUCAGGCCAAAGGUCAGGAGUAGGGGUCAUUGGAGUUGUUGAGUGUAACUUCCUGAAACCAGCUCACAACAAGCAGGACUUCGAGUACACCAAAGAGUACAGACUCACAUUAGCUGCACUCGGCCUCAAACUCAAUGACUACUGGCGGGAGAAAAAGGAAAAAAAAGCGAAAGAGCGAGCAUUCCGAGCCCUGGAGAGGAAGAGCGCAGACGGGCAUGCAGAGGAAGACGAAGAGAACGCCGAGGAGGAAGAGGAGGAAGAGGAAGAAGAGGAAGAAGUGGAUGUGACGUGGAUUCAGUGUGAGGACUGUAUGAAGUGGAGGGGCAUUUCCACCCACCUGUUUUCAGGAAACAUCCCUGAGCUAUUCACUUGCUGCCAGCACCCCAUCGCCCGUCUAAGGAGCUGCUCGGUGCCAGAGGAUCCAGAGGAGAUGAUAGACGAGCUGACACCUAGCUAUGAGAAAACGCACAAACGACAGGAAAAAGCCCAGAUGAAAAGAAGAGGAAAAUCUGGGGAGGGAGGUAAAACUCAAUUAGCAAGCAGGGAGACACUGCAUGAGCCUGACAUUACAAUGGACACAGAGACUGAGGACAAUGAACUCGACUCCAGGCCACCUACGCCGGAGCCGCCACGCCCACACGGCAACAAAAGGAAAGCAGCAUGGAAAAGAAAUGGAACAGGUAACAAGUCUUCAAGAUGCUCCGAGUCCACUGACCUCUCUUCUGAAAAAGAAAUAACAGCGGCAACCACAGAGAGAAAUCCAGAAACUCCAGAGAUGAGCAGCAGCAAGGACCCGGCCUCAAGUAUGGUGAACCAGGAGGACAAAGUUCAAAACUCGACAGAAUCUCCCGAGACCUCAGGUCCUUCUGUGAGCCAGGGUCCUCCUGAGCAGCAGACCACUCUGGAGCCUCAGACUAAAGAGCAGCCCAGAGCCGCUACCAGCUCACCAGGGUGGCCUCACUCACUCACCCCCCAACCCUCUAUGGCUUGGUCCCAUCCCCUACCCCCAGCUCAAACAGUGGUGGUACCUCCCCUCAGCCGCACCAGCCGACAGCCGGUGUCCCCACUACCGGUGGAGGGCGCGGACCGACCGGCGCUUGUCGGGAAGCUGGCUCAGCUGGAACGGGAAGCAAAGCGCCUGCGAAGACUCCUCAGCCUCCAGGACGUGGCUCCGCUGGUGGAAGGGGAGGCACAGGGGUCAGCAGUGGAAGGCGCGACUGCGGAAGACGGGGGCAUGGAUCCCACUGCUCAGAAUACACAGACCCUGACUAAUGCCUGUAGUGACCCAGGGCUCGAAACCUUGGCAAAUGCUUCUGUGGCAACCAAGAAGUCAGAACUUCAGUCAGACAACCAAAGUACUUCAAAAAAAAAUACCAAGCCCCCAAGCCAGCAGGGGGUGCCAGUAAGCUCCACAGAUGACCUACACUGGAGUAAGACACUGGCCAAACUGCAGAGCCAAAACCAGGCUCUCUCUGCAGAGCUGAGUAAACUGAAAAGAGAGAGAGAACAGCUCCUAAACAAAGUGAGACAAGCAGAGAGAGAGACAAGGGAAAGGAGAGAUCAAAGCACCAGCACACCCUCUAAUGCUCAUGAUAGUAUUAUAAUGGAGCGAUUGCGCUCAAUACGCCGGAACGUCGUGUCUCUCCUGUCCUCCAUCCUUCCCAAUUUGGACAUGCAGGGCAUCAGCUAUGACACGGGAGACGUGGACAGCAUUUUGCAGCAGAUCAUCCAGGCUAACAACCUCUGAUCUCCCAACCCUGCUUAUAACAGAGCUUCAACAUAGAGAAAGUAACUGGAACUGGUUACGCUGCAGUGCUAAUAGCUGCAGUUCCCAGUGCAGUUCCUAAAGCUGAGCUGAGUACACUAAGGAAGCAUAGAAGGAAACAACCACUGAACCCUGCAGUGCUUAUUACUCAGCACCAGUUGUGCCAUACAAGGGGUAAAUUGAAUGAUUAUAGGGCCAUGUGACUGACAAGGGCCCUAAAAAAUGAUUAGGUCGUUAGCAGGUAGGGUACAAAAUCCCUGGUGAGUAGCACCACAGUAAAGAACUAUAUAAGCUAACAGCUAAUCACGUCAGGCCUGUUCUUAUAGCUGUGCACCUACAGAGAUCAGAGAUUUUAUUCCUGUUACACACCAAACUAAUAAAUGCUUGUGUUGUGUUGAGGUUUAUACACCACUAUUAAUUUAAUACAAACUAAAGUUGAAGAUUUUUUUUUUUUUUUAAUGGUACGAUACAAUAUUGUUUGCCGUUGCUGUUUUUCAUGGAUGUUUGGUCAUCUGUAUGGCUUUGCGAAACACAAAAGGUUGCAUAGUUUAGGCAGGCCAGAUCCGUUUGUUGUUUCUUACAAAACCUUAUUUUUUUUAUUGAAAAGAUGUUUGUGUACUACAAAAUGAUUUUCUUAAACUGUUUUUGCUUGAUGGAUACUACAGCAAUAAAGUAAGCCAUUUUUCAGAAAA